AUGGGUUCAACAACCAUCCUUAGUAGAGUUGAAAAAUCUUCAUACAUCUUAGGAAUCCCUAGCUCGUCAAAUGACGGGAGCUUCAAUUUUGGAGGAAAUGAAGAUGCCCCAUUUACAAAUAAGAAAAAGGGUAAUGAUAAUGAUAAAGAAACUGAUAGCAAUCAAGAGUCUUCUUCGAACAAUGGUACAAAUCAAAAGAAGAUCAAGUGUAACAGGUGUGAGCUCACGAAAGACGUCUUGGGUAUGAUUCAUGAUGAACUCUCGAUUUGUGAUUACGUACGUUUCAAAGCCGUUUGUAAACAUUGGAACUUGGUCAACAAGUUCGAGGACCAAUGCCGUCUAAGGCCACAAGCCCCGUGGCUCAUGUUCUCCGGUGAUGACAAUUCCACGGCCAAGUUCUUCUCUAUUGUCGAGAAGAAAAUUUAUAAGAUUCAAUGCCCGCAACCUAUGAUCGGUAAAAGGAUCUAUGUCGGUUCUUGUCAUGGUUGGCUGGUCACUUUGGAUGGACGCUGCAACAUGCACCUUUUGAAUCCACUCACUGGGGCUCAAAUCCGACUCCCUUCGGUGCUAACCUUACCCUUUAUCAGAGACAUUUAUAAUUUAGAAGGACAAAUCACCAACUUCAAUGUGGAACAAGAUAAUAACCAUUACUCUUUAUGGCUCAAGUUCAUCCGCAAGGUCGUCAUCUCUAAAGCUCCUGAUGCAGACAAUGACUUCACCAUCAUGAUGAUCUAUAGCCAUUGGUGUAAGCUAGCCUUUGCCCGAGCUGGGGAUAAGGCUUGGACACCUAUAAUCUCGCCUUAUUAUUACUCCGACAUAAUUUAUCGCAACGCCAAAUUCUACACUAUCAAUUAUCGCCAGAUGAUCGAGGUAUGGGAGGCCGAUGAACUUGUCUUCAGCAUCAUCAACUUAGACUUGCCUCCGGAUGUUUUGCUAAGGGGCAUUUGUUACUUGGUUGAGUCCCUAGACGAAAUAUGGAAUAAAUCUCCUCAAACUAGUAAGGAUUCUUCUCAUCUUCUGUAUAAAUCUCCUCCCAUUUCAUUGAUGAAAAGGGAGGAACCAACGGAGGUAAUCGCCUUUAAGAGAUUGUAG